AGUGAAGUACCUUGAAAAUGAAUAAGUCACCCGUUCCAGCGAUCGUCAGGCCAGGUUCAACGCUGCAAUUUCAAGAAAUUUGAAUAUUUUUCCGAAGUUUCGAAUUUCGCCGUGACAAUCACAGGUCAUGACCCAAUUUGGCUCCAUCACUGAGACUUGGUGACCGGCGGGGAUGUCGAUACCGAAUCCUGUCCUUCCCCCAUUCUCGCCAGCUAUCACAUCCUACCCAUCUUCACCGUCGUCUUCAACCUAUCGUCCUUGAAAGAUUACAUCGAGUGCCAGCAUUAUUCAUCAGCCUUAAGUGGCGACCAAUCACCAUCACCCUGAUUGACGCCGGACCUGAGAUGUCGCCUACUAUUUAUCACCGCGCUCCACUUACCGACUCCCUCGCUCGUCAUGGGAUACUGGGAGAUGUGUUAGAGAAAAGAGGCACUCCGAAAAUUGGAGGUUCUGUUGGCGGGUUCAUCGCCCUCGUUGUUGGCCUAAGUCUCAUCAUUCUUAUAUCAUGCAUUGCUAUCUUUUUUCUCUUGCGAGAAGGAGAACCCUCGGAUGAGGAACGGGCGGCUCGGCGGCGACGAUACCGCCAGCAAGCAUUGGAGUACACGUAUGGACCCACAGCCAGUCCGCAGUCAUCGUGGUCGUCAAAAGUCAAGAGUGUCUUUGGAGGCACCACAAGCAGUAGCAAAGGGUCCAAAAGGGGCUGGGUGCAGGCAGGAUCAGGAGACGAAUGGGAAUCCGAAUCGAUAAUAGACGAAGCUGAAGGGCGGCACCCUGACCUUUCUCAACGAGGCAGCAUGCAGAUCACGUACUCGCCGCCACUGGAUGCGCCCUUCCACCCACCAUUACAGCCUUCGGAGUCUGCUUCUAGCGUCCGGUUUGAUACUCAGGGAGUGCCGGUAUUACCCUAUCUAAGGUCGCUGUCUUCGCCUUCACCCCAUCCAUCGCUACCGAAUAUUCACAGCAGAAUAUCUUCACCGACGCCGUCAGAUCCGCUUUCGCCAGUCCAUGAUAGAGUUGUGUCACCAGAACCCAUUGCUCCAGCGCAUAUCGACAGUCCUGUUGAGCAUCACGAAGGCAGGAAGUCGUCUGGUCAGUCCGCAACGUCAGUACGGACAUUCAACGGGGGAACGAAGUUUCUGGAGGCCCUGUAGCCAGCCAUCUAUUAUGCUCUUGUACAUUAAGACUUCUUGGACAUUGUGCUAUAGUUAUCUAUCUGUACGGGACUUGCUUUGUACCCUGAUGUGCUUUCUGAAUUUUGGUGCCACUUACACAGUACACGCUACUAUACGAUUCUUAAAUAAUGAUAUGUAUGUAUAUGUCGUGUCGGUAGCGAAG